AUGCCAACCGGGCUCAGUGAGGCAGCAAGCAGCGCGGCGAGCGGACAUCUCCAAACUAAAUACUGCGAACGCAGCCUCGCGGGGGCUGCGUAUCGAAGCUCUGAUCUGUGCCAUUACAGUUGCUUGAUGAGCUUCACGUGGCCCACAGAAUCCCUCUGCAUAGCCAGAGACUGGUGGAUCAAAAGAGCCGAAAGGAUCCCGCAGUGUGCGAGUAUCUACCCUUAUCAAGGGCUUUUAGUCUGUCCAGGCGGGUCGACUAGAGGAGUAUCUCGCAUAACCAACCCAGCUCCCAACACCACGACUGAAGUGACUGUUCAUACUCGCCAAGUUUCAGUGAUUGCGGCGAGAUCUAACUAUAGCAACGCCAGCAUUACAGAGACUUCUUUUCACAAAAGCCUUCUGCACAAAUAUCCUUGGAAGAGCUCGAUCUCCCGGCUUAUCAAGAUUCUUUUCGACGGCUGUUCAACUAUACAGCAGCUGACCUGCCCCAUCGUCUUCGGUUGCUUAGAGCUUUUGGAUUGGGUAGAAAUAGCUAAGAGAUCCGCCAUCCACGAACUCACUGCACAAAGCUUUCAGAGUGUUUUAGCCUUGCCCUUCUGGCUUCUCAACUCGACCAACUGGGAAACACUCAGUUGCAGGAGAACUAGACUAUCUUUUCUCUGCCUUCUUGACUUCUAUGCUACCGCAUAUCGCGUAGCACCUUGUGUCAAGAUCAAAUUCGACUUUACAACGUUUGUUAUGUUUCUAUUCUUCAGUCUUCAGUCUUCGGCCAUGGCAUUUGCGCUUGAAGUAAUGAUAUGGGUCUGGUCCAGGUCCACAGUGCCAUUAAAGACCUCCAAUUUCCCACUGCACAAUAUUUGGGUCAAGGUCGAGGUUCGCAGAGUUCAUGAGGCAGAAGGUCAGAUGGCAGCGAAAGACUCCGAGGUUGUCAAGGAAAUGAAGGAAGCAUGAGUCUUCCCACGAUAAAGAUUUGAUCUUCGUCGAGUCCUUGCACAUCACAGGCAAACAUGAGGAAACCACGGCACUGUGAGAGAACUUUUCAGUAAAUAAUACAGCUGAGCCGUUGCUUAGCAUUAAGUGCUG